AUGGCAUACGCUACGACUACCUCACCGGCCCUAGAUGCUGACACCCAAUCCAACUUAAAACUCGCAACAUCUCUCCCUCAAUCGACUUCUUUACAUCAUGUUGUCACCUCUUUACACUCUGGUCUUCCCCCUUCUUCCACACCGUCUUUCACCUCUUCUCCGAGCUCUACUCCUACCUCGUCCUUUCCUGCUCCCGAUACACCCUAUAGUUUUACCCCUGCCAGUACGCCCUUACAAUCUUCCAGUGAAGGACUCCGUGGCCGAAUGAAUGGGUUUUCUCUGCCUACGCCAGGACACUUCGAACUUGGCGAGUCUAUCAUGGCAAUUCCCGGAAACACAAAUCCCUCCAGCUUCAAUGAUGCCGCCGCACCUACCUCCAAGGCGCCUGGCUUGAUGCGAAGAAUUUCACGAGGCGCCGCCAACAAACUUACUCGCAGGAGACAGUCUGCGACCCAGAAUGACAAACGGGACCGAAGCACUGGUCCCAUCAUCAUGCGCCGGCGCAGUGAUAGCAAAACCGGUACCCAGCCCGUUCGAGACAGCGCCCUCGAUUCGAGCAAUGAAGACGAAACCAGUGAAGCUUUGGAUAACUUGGGCGCCUGGGGUGGCUCGGAAGCAUCCAGCCUUCGCAGCGAGAGCCGCAUGAAUAUGGCCCGCGAAGCUGGUUCUCUCCCCGCUGUUGCCGUCGCGCCCAAGAUAGACUCGGCUGUUCAACGAGGCACCGUUUUAACCAAGGUCACCAAGAAGCGCAGAAAGCAAGUGCGCUUCUUCCUCGACCUCGAUGCCGCCAAGGUUUUCUGGGAUGUAUCUAACCCAGCGAAGCGUUUCUAUAUUGAUGAUAUCAAGGAAAUUCGGGUUGGCCCCGACGCCCGAAAUUACCGCGAAGAGCACCAGAUCCCGGAAGAUCUGGAGCGCCGGUGGUUUACCAUUGUCAUUGCUGAUUCUGACCGCUCCAAGGGGCGAGCGGUCAAGACCUUGCAUCUCAUCGCCCCUAGUGACCGUAUCCUUGAUCUCUGGAUCACCACUCUCGAACACAUCUCUCAGUACAGAAUCGAUCUCAUGUCUGGUCUGGCAGGUUCCAGCCAAAGUGAGACUGUUCUCCUGGCACACUGGCAGCGCGAGAUGUCGAGGUUGUUUCCUCAGGGACCUCCCCCGGCAGAGGAGCAAAACCUCGACCUUGCCGCCGUGGAGAAGGUCUGCCGUAGCUUGCAUAUCAACUGUUCCAAGAACAUGCUUCGGGCACAGUUUACCAAGGCCGAUGCUGCCCGCAACGGAAAGUUGAACUUCUCCGAAUUCAAGGAUUUCCUCUUGCGUCUGAAGGAGCGAAAGGACGUCAAAGAGAUUUUCAAGCUCCAUACAGCAAAUUCCAAGGAGGGCAUGACUCAGAAGGAGUUCCUGGUCUUCCUUCGUGACGUGCAAAAUGAGAACAUUGAGGCCGAUCAGGCCUACUGGGCUGCACUGUUUGACAAAUAUGUUCGGCGAGCUUCUAAGUCUCGUACUCCUUCCGCUGAGGGAUCUGAGCUUCCGUCGCCUGUAUCGAUGAUGAACCUGAACGCCUUCACCUCGUUCCUGUCUUCAUCGAGCAACGGAAUAUAUGCGUCACGUGCUCCCCAGUCAAGGUUCGAUCGGCCUUUGAACGAAUACUUCAUCUCAAGCUCCCACAACACUUAUCUCCUUGGCCGCCAGGUGGCUGGUGCUUCAAGUACGGAAGCCUACGUUAGCGCCCUUCAGCAAGGAUGUCGUUGUGUCGAAAUCGACUGUUGGGAUGGAGCGGACGGACGCCCCAUCGUGUCUCACGGACGAACUCUGACUACCAGUGUCCUGUUUGCAGACUGCAUCACUGUCAUCAACCGCUAUGCUUUCAUCACAUGCAACUUCCCUCUCAUCCUUUCUCUUGAAGUGCAUUGCAAUUCGGAACAGCAACUUGCAAUGGUGAAGAUCAUGAAGGAUACAUUCAAGGACCGGCUCAUUCUUGAGCCGCUGAUGGCUAACUGCUACAUCCUUCCUUCCCCCGAAGAGCUAAAGGGACGCAUUCUGGUCAAGGUCAAAACUUGCGACGAGACCCAUUUCGAUACCCGUCAAGACAGUGUCAGCACUGUUGGCACUCAUGGCCGCAAGCGCAGUGCCAGUAGUCCAUUCGUGCGACCGACACCUUCGGAGAUGAACGCCUCGCCCCUUCCCUCGCUUUCAAGCCCCCCUACAAUCGGACCCGUUGACAGCAUCGGCCCUCUGAUCACGCAAGACAGGCGGUCGCUCACCGCUACGAGCCUGAGCAGUGCCACCGAAGAUAGCGACGGAGCUCUUGUCUCUAUCCACACCGACAAGAAGAAGAAGCGCCGCCAGAAGAGCAAGAUCACCAAGCCUCUUUCCGACUUGGGUGUUUAUACCCGCGGCUACAAGUGGCACAGCUUCUCCUCUCCAGAGAGCAGGCGUUACAACCACAUCUACUCAUUUGCUGAACGAUCUUUCGAGGGCAUCUGUCAGAACCAUGAUAACAAGGUUUCGCUGGAAGCACACAACCGCAAGUACCUGUCUCGAGUGUAUCCAUCUGGAUUCCGACUCCGUUCAUCCAACUUUGAUCCGAACAAGUUCUGGCGCCGCGGUGUGCAAAUGGCAGCGCUCAACUGGCAAACUUACGAUAUUGGCAUGCAGAUGAACCAGGCUAUGUUUGCCGCUGGCACCGAUCGUACUGGCUACAUCCUCAAGCCUGAGAGCCUUCGUUCUCCGGCUGUUAAUGAUGGGACGCAGAAGCGCAAGAUGGAACGCAAACUAGUUCGAUUCUCCGUCGAUGUCAUCUCUGCGCAGCAGCUCCCGCGUCCGCGUACCAUCGGACAGGAUGACAACAUCAACCCUUACGUUGAGAUUGAGAUGUUCAGUGCCGAUGAUCGUGGGCAGAGCUUUGUUCUUGGUGAAGGUGGCAUGGAUGCUUCUGCACGUAACGGUAUGUCCGGCAUCGGGUAUCCCCACCGCCGCCGUACCAAGAUUGAGCAAAGCAAUGGCUACAGCCCCAUUUUCAAUGACCAGUUCAAGCUUUCGCUUGAGACUAAGUAUCCCGAUCUUGUGUUUGUGCGAUGGACUGUUUGGAGCUCAAUGGAUGGUCGCAGCGCUGGGAACAAUAACAGCGUGCAGCUGGCCACCUUCACCGCCAAGCUCACCAGUUUGUCACAAGGCUACCGUUAUCUGCCUCUCUACGAUGCUAGCGGUGACCAGUAUUUGUUCUCGACUCUCUUCUGCAAGAUCUCAAAGCAAGACCCCGUUCCUGUUCAGCGUUUGGACCUUGAAGAGCUCCGCGCCGAACGCAUGGGCAUCCUGCGCCAAAUUGGCCAGACUGUCUUCAAGCGCUCCUCAUCAGCCGAGCGCGAAAGGGAAUCACAGGACCGUAGUGAUCCUACAAGCCCCGAGGAGAAGGAAAGUUCUCCUAACUUGACACCCACCAUGUCAACAACAUCAAACUCAUCAUUCAUGCAAUGA